AUGUCCAGCAUACCUUUGCGUUGCAAUAUUUGCCCAAAGAAACCGAGCUUCAGCGAUGUAUCUCAUUUACUCACCCAUAUCGCCAGCAAGGGCCACCUCUCGCACUACUACAAGAUCAAAGUCCGCUCCGGUAAUGAAGACAGCUCACGAAAGCUGAUCGAGGACUACGACCGGUGGUACGCCGAAUGGAAUGUCGAAGACCUGAUGUCCGAGAGGAUGAAUCUCAAGGAGAAGCGGCGGACCCGGCCCAGAGCCUCAGGGCGAGCGUCGACUGCAACAACCUCUCGGACUAGGCCACGAGCACUUGAUCCUAUAGACCCUCGCCUCUCCGUAGAUACGAUCAAGACCGAGCCGCGUCCUACACCACCGCUAUCAUCCGUCGAUCCCGCCUCGCUCCAUGCCUCAUCUGUUCCCCCACCCCCGAUGGCAUACUGGCCGCCACCACAGCACGCCGUAUACAGUAGCUGUUAUCCAAGGCGGGACUCGGGGUACAGCGAGUACUUCCCUCCUACGCGGCAAAGGAAAGCUGUCAAGGCGGAGCCAGCUCCUGCUCCUACUAGACUGGACGGAGACGACAACAGCGACGACUUCCAAGUCAGCGAGAGCACGAAGCUCAAGGGCAUCUUCUGGCCCGGAAUGGACAUCUUCGACUCUGCAACCCCAGAGAUGAGGCGGAAGCGCAACCAGAAGAAAGACGUCUCUGUCAUCGAGCAGCUUGAGGUGAACUCGCAAGAAGUCGAGCCGACGGAGAUGGUCUUUACACCACUUGGGUCCUUGAAGAAGCAGCGAAAGAUAUCCGGCCUGCCCGACGAGGACAGCAGCCCACUUAAGCUCGAUCCCUCGCCUGCACGGCCCUACCUGAGCCGGACCGCCCUCGCCGAGCUCGACGCUAACAACCCUCGGCGUCUUAACUUCUUCAAAGCGAAGCCCUCGUUCCAAGAAUUCCGCCACACCACCGCCUUCGAAGACGACUUGGUUGAACACCGCCUCACGUACGGGGGCAAUUUCGGCACCAAGCGAAAAUGCGCCUUCGACAUCUUCAAGGACCAGGACGACGACCAAGGCCAGGACCAGGAUCACGGCUACGACCACGGCCAUGAGAUCUCCUUCGAGCACCCCGCCAGCCUGAACCUGCUGAAUUCCGAGUUCCGCCCACCGCCGCAGUUCCAUCAAUCCCCCUCAUUCGACUUUAAGCCCUUCGAUGACCCAUUCCAAAACUUCAGGGGAGAUGCGGACCUGGAUGGUGCGGCGUACCAGCUUCCGGCUUACUACAAUGUACCGACGCACACGCUGCCCAUUCAUGCGGCUCCGUCGCGGUUGUUCUCGAACCAGGCUUUCGAGAGCAUGGCCGGGCAUGACAUGCAUGGCCUUUUCCCGAACUCAGUGUUUCCUUACACAAGCCAUCUUGACGAGGGGCAGGCGCAAGUCGACGAGGAAGACAUCGACGACGGCCGCACGCUCACCGCACCGCCCUCCGAAGUUUGA